CUAUUUUACCCUUAAUGAAGAAGAGAAAACUGGGGAACGACGAACAAAAAUCUCUGCGUCUCUCGUCACCUUCACAGCCGACGAACAAAAGGUGAUGAGAUCUUAGAUCCGUCGAUAUCUUCAUCUUAGAUCCGUCGAGUUCAAUCGAGUUCAAUCGAGUUCAAUCGAGUUCAAUCGACGAGGAUCAAUCGAUUCUGUAAUCAAAAAUCUGUGACUCAUCCCAAUCUGCAUCAAUUAGGUUCGAAUCGCUUCUGAAAUCUGAACCGUUUAGAUCCAAAAGUUCAUCGAUUUCGUCUUCUAAUCUGAAUUGAUUAAUUAAGAGCUUCGAUUCUGUGUUUAUCUAUUUUCUCGAAUUUGUCUUGCUUGAAAAUUAUAAUUCGUGUUACCUUUAAAAACUUUCUAAAACCAUUGUAAAAAUUUCUUCUUCAUCUUCUCACUGUAUUUAUGUUCUUCAGUAACUAUUGUACACUAUUAGUGAAAUAAUUUUGAUUUACCGUGUUUUUUGUGAAGAUUGUAAACCUUUAAAAAAUAUUGUAAAACCAUGAAGAACUUUAUAAAUACCUUGUGAACUAUCAUAAAGAUACAUAUGUUUAACAUUAUAAUACAUUAUCUUUUUUAUCAGGUCGUAAUGAUUGAGUUGAAUUGCAUAUCUGGUGUUUGGAAACUGAAAAAUAACAAUUGUUGGGAUUUUAAAUUUGAUGUUGAAAGAGGAGGGUCUCUUACUUUUAUCAAUGAGGAUACGUGUUUCACUGAUUUGUGUGCUGUUGUUAUAGAAGAUUUUGGAAUUGAUGUCGGUAUUAAUAUAGUGAAACUCAGUUAUUCAUUACCCUCUACAAAAGACAUGCCUCCUAUGUAUAUUAGAAAUGAUAGGCAAGUGCAAGCAUUUAUGAAAAAGCUUGCGGAAUUCAGAGGCGGUAUUCAGCUAUGUGUAACUGUUGAGAAGGGGAAAACAAGCAGUAAUCCAAUGAUGGGGACAAACAACAUCUCAAUUAGUAGUGAGAGCAAUACAGAUCCUUAUUCUACAUAUCAAGUCAUGAAUGAGGUACAAAUGUAUUCUGCAAACCCUGCUCCUAUAACUUUUGUUUCAGCUCCUGCAUGUCAUGUCAUGAAUGAGAUGGGAUUUGACUCAACCAUCCCGGAGAGGGUUAGAACUGAAACGGAAUCCUUCUCUAAUAUAUCUGAAGGUUCAGCUCCUGUAGGUGGUUCUACUAUUUCUGCAUCUUCAAAUACUUUGUAUUGUGGAAAGUUGUUCAAGGACAAAAAGGAAAUGGGAAGGCAGAUGCAGUUAUUUGCAAUGGAGAAUAACUUCGAGUUCCGGACUAAGAAAUCAGACUCAACACGGUAUACUCUUCGUUGCAUUGAUGAAAAAUGUAGUUGGAGGUUACGUGCAACUAGGGUUAAGGCAUCAGAUAGUUUUAUUAUUAAAAAGUAUGUUAGUGAGCACUGUUGUGAUUCUUCGCUAAGGAAGGUUAAUCAUCGCCAAGCAACUGCUAGGACAUUAGGAGAAAUGGUAAGUAAUCAUUUUCGUGGAGAGAAGCUUGCGCUUAAACCUAAACAACUGAUAGAAAAAUUCAGACACGACAAUGGGAUUGGAGUUUCUUAUUCAAAAGCGUGGAGAGCUAAAGAUCAUGCAAUCGAUGUUGCUAGGGGUACACCUGAAGAUGGUUAUGAGUUCUUGCCAAUGUGGAUGUACAUGGUAAAUGAGAAGAAUCCUGGUUCUGCAACCUUCAUUGAGGUCGAUCCUGACAACAAAUUUAAGUACGCAUUUCUUGCCUUUGGUCCGUCAAUUAGAGGGUUUAAGUUGAUGAGAAAAGUGAUUUGUAUUGACGGUGCUCAUUUGAAAUCAAAUUUUAAAGGGACUUUGCUUGGUGCCUCAGCACAAGAUGGUGACUUUCAUUUGUAUCCUAUUGCAUUUGGCGUAGUUGAUUCAGAAAAUGAUGCUUCGUGGGACUGGUUUAUGAAGUGUUUGAAGAAAAUUAUCCCGGAUGAACCUGAUUUAGUUUUUGUGUCAGAUCGUGCAUCAUCAAUUGCCAAUGCUCUUAUUGUUAAUUAUCCACUUGCUCAUCAUGGGAUCUGCAUUUUUCAUUUGGAGAAAAACCUUGAGACUGGGUUUAAGUCAUCCUCAACGCUUAUUCCAGUUAUGAAAGAUGCAGCUUAUGCUUACACAAGGUUUGAUUUUGAACAGUUGUUCCAUGAACUGUCUCUUGCUGACAACAAGAUGGCACAGUAUCUGUGGGAUUUGGAUGUCAAAAAAUGGUCACGUGCUUGUGCACCUGCCAAUCGAUACAACAUUAUGACAUCAAACUUAGCUGAGUCUUUGAAUUCUCUGUUGAAAGAAAGCCGUGAGUAUCCAAUUGUCUGUUUGUUUGAUACAAUUAGGUCUACUCUUACCAGAUGGUUCAAUGAACGACAUGAGAAGGGUACUCGUAAUAGGCAUUCAGUUACUGUGAAUGUGAUGAAGCAAGUAAAGACACUGUAUGAUUCUACUGCACGCUGGCUUGAAGUGUCACAAGUGAAUCAACACGUGUUUGAAGUGAAAGGAGGUACGUUGGUUCAUGUUGUGAAUUUGGAAACAAGAGACUGCACGUGUUGUGUGUUCAAUAUCACGAAAAUCCCGUGUGCUCAUGCAAUAGCGGCUGCAAAACAUAUUAAUCUUAACGAAUAUGAUUAUGUUGAUACCUUAUACUCCAACAAAAGGUAUGUCAUAUUCUAACUUUACAGGUAUGUUACUAUAUAAAACAAGUUAUAAAA